AUGAGUAAAUACGAGUACAAGACGAAUUAUGAAAACCAACUAGAAGAAUGGGCUCGAGAUCAGGAGGCUUGGUCCAAAACUUUCAACCAGCGACUAGAAGGGCUAGAGGAUGUUGCUGGACCAUCAAGCCCCCCACCAGUAAUCAAAGACGAACAGCCGGAGUACUGGGGGCCAAAUACCCUAGAAGAAUGGGCUCUUGACGGCCAUGACAACUCUGGCUUGCAGAACUUGAUGGGGGAACAACAUUCCGAAGUUCCUAGUGAUCCUGGAGGGGCCUCAGAUGGCAAUGAACUUUUCAACUUUUGGCAGAGUGAAAACAAAGAAAUGAUCAAAUCUGCGGAAAUUCCUUGCCAACAACAAGAAUUGGGAAAUCAACAUCCCGAGCCAUCGCCCAACGACACUGGAGGAAGUCAAUAUCAGGAAAUUCUCAACUCUGAAGUCGGAAGCCAACAAGGGAAAUUGAAAAAUCAACAUCUUGAAUUGCCCAACGAUACUGGAGGAAGCCAAGCCCAGCAGGAACUUCUCGAUUUCCGGAAAAGUCAAAAUAACGGAACGGUCAAGCAUGAAGGAAUCCAACAAGAACCGCAGAAUUUUGGUGAAACCCCACGACAAGGGUUGCAAACUCUUCAGAAUAAUCAACUGGAAGGACUAGUACAGAAAGGCUUUGAUGAAGGUCAACAACAAAAAUCAACUAACCAGUCAGAGUUGGAUGAGCCAUGGAACGGCGAUCUGUCCUCUCCAGUACCGAGAUACACAAACCCAGAGUCCUAUGACUAUGCUUCCACAGUUUCUGAUUCCCAUUCUUCUCCUCAGCCAAUUGAUCUCGAGAAAUACCUCCCACAUCUGGGCCCCCCUGAUGAGAAUCUCACUCCCGAGGAACUUGAAGCAAAGCUGCAAUUUCAGCAAGAUGUCUUGUCGAUGCAUCGGUAUAACCAGCGCCUUGCAGAGAAAAAGUCAAAAGAAAAGGCCGGGGUCAAAAGUAAAGUUAAAGGCAAGGGCAAAGAGAAGAUGCAAGAUAGCCUCAUUUACGACCCAGCAAUCCAUAAAUUUGAUCCCUCAGCCAUAUAUGCACGCCCCUCUAAUACGAAGAAGCGUUUUUAUCAUGAAAUCUCUGAUGAUGAUGAAGAGCCAGGCCAACAACUACGGCAGUCGCGCAAAGUAGGGGAGAAACAGGAACCCUGGAAGCAGCAAGUAGAUGAUAUCAGCUUUGAGGAAUUCCGGGCUUUGUACAUGAACCUCGACCCGAACGUUGCAUAUACUCUUCGCGAAGGUGAACAGGAGCCACGCUCAAAGCGUGCCAGAAUGAGCAGUGGCGGGCGCCCUGUACGCCCCCCUAAAGAAGAUGAUAGAUGGAAUAUCUGGACAGUCGGAGAUCCAAACCUCAAACUCAGGGGAUCCAAUAUAUCUGCGGAUUAUUUGAGGACGGUGUUAUUUGAAGACGCGGGUGCCACUGGUGAGCGGAGGACAAAGUGGUCGCUCACCAAAUUGUGCGAGAGAUUGAUCCAGAGAAGGGAAUAUAGAGAGAAGGAGGCACGCAGAAUGGGAAUCAGACCUUUUGGGAAACCAAAGAAUUGGAGCCCAGAGCUUCCAUGGUGGAAUUAUUUCGAUGAUGUUUAG